AUGAAUAACAGUAUUCAAAAAUACGAUCUUGAAGAAAUCUUGUUUGCCGUUACUACUAAUACAAAACGAAUUCAGACAACAAUUCAAUACUUAAAAUUUUGGACAAAUCUUUCCAAUAUUAAUUGUUUAAUAGUUUUCGAUGAAAUGGAUUUCGUGAAUCACACGAAUAUCACAGAAUAUCUAAUGUAUGAAGGAAUUCCUUGUGCAGUACAAACUUCAUCUGUAUUACGUUAUGAAGAAAGAUAUUUAGAAUUAUUCUAUUUGGCUUGGAAUAAGCAAACAACAGUGAAAGAAUAUAGCGAAAGGAAAAAGGUGCAAUGGUUUGCUAUAGCAGAUGAUGAUACUAUUUGGUUCGUAUAUAAUCUCUUACGUACUCUGGAACAUUACAACUCAUCAAACACAAUAUAUUUAGGAAAUAUUUCUACUAAGAAAUUUCAAAUUACACAACAUGGUGAUUAUUUUGCUUAUGGUGGUGGAGGAAUUCUUUUUAGUCGAUCAUUAGCAUUAUUAUUCGUUCAACAUCGUCAAAAAUGUAAACGAUUUCUUAAAUUAUAUAAUGGAGAUGAGAUGAUUGGUAAAUGUGUAAUUGAAGAAUUGAAAAUAAAUUUAACAAAAAAUAAGAAUUUUCAUCAAAUGGAUCAUAUUGGAGAUAUGACUGGUCUAAUGGAAAGUGGUUUAGAUGGAUUAGUAUCUUUACAUCACUUAUUCAAACUUUGGCAACCAUUUCCUGAUACAAAUAUUAAUAAAUCAAAUGAAACAAUACAUCGUUUGAAUAUCGCUUAUACUACAUUCAAUAAAAACUUUUUAAAAAGAUAUCUACGAAUUAAUUAUAAUACUAAUCAAAGUAUGUUAUUGACAUUGGGCUAUUCAGUUAGUUUAUUUAAUCGAAUAUUAUCUCAUACAGAAUUAUCUCUAAUUGAAAAAACAUGGUGUUGUGAUGAAGUAGUCGAUAGAAUAACUAGACCAGAAGAAAAAAAUAAAACAACUUGGUAUUUUCAAAGAUUGAUUAAUAAACAAUCUACAAAUCCCAUUAAAUAUGAAAUGAUUUAUAAAAAGAAAUUUAAUAUCAAUGAUCAAUAUUCAAGUUUAAAAGUAACAAUCAUCAAUUGA